CUCACCGCGCCAGAAGGCAGAUCCUCUCAACGUGACUCUCGCUAUGUGGGUUUGGACAGCUCUUUGUGUGGUGGCAUGUGUUUUGCGUCCAGCUGUUGCUCUUAGCGAAGCUAAACCUCUGCAUAGUAGCACUACUCAUAAUGCCAGUGACCCAACAGCUGUGAACUGCGUGAUGACGCCAUGGUCUGACUGGAGCUCCUGUGACCCCUGUACCAAGACCAAGUAUCGCUCCAGAAGUAUUGAAACAUUUGGUCAGUUCGGUGGUGAACCAUGCAUGGAGCCUGUUGGUAAUCGAGAAUCGUGCGUUACUUCGACCAAGUGCAAGGAGGAACCGAAGCCUGUCUGUUCCAAGUCAGAGUUCCAAUGUGAUUCAGGGAUGUGUAUAAAGAAACGUUUGGCGUGUAACGUUGAUGAAGACUGUGAUGAUGGCUCAGAUGAAUGGGACUGUGAAAGAGAGAGGUCUCCAUGUGGGAACACUAACAUACCUUUGGUUUUUGCAGCCAGUGAGGCUGGAGCAGGUGUGAACAUCCUGGGUUCUGAACCUCGCCUGAAUGCCUUUAAUAACAAGAAUUUCAAUGGCUAUUGCUAUCGUGCGAGGCAUCCCAGCACGAUGGAAACUGAGAGGUUGCCAUGGAAUAUUGCCGUCCUUGAGUACGAAUCAAAAGUGGAAGAACAGACGUCAAGAAAAAUCUAUGAGGACACAUACUCUCUGAUUAAAGACAUUAUGGAUGAGAGUGCUUUUGGAGCUGGGUUAGGACUGUCCUUUAAGUUUGUACCCACUGAGACUUCCCGUGCUGUCGCAGUGAAUUACGAAAGGAAAGAUGUGAUUAAAAAGAUCACAGACUACAGCACAAUAAAGAAUAAAAGCUUCAUACGGAUGAAAGGCAAAGUGCAGGUGAUGACAUACAAAAUGAGAACGCAAAGCCUGAUGCUGUCCAAGACUUUCCUUGAUGACGUAAAGCAACUUCCGACGGAAUAUGAGAAGGGCAGAUAUUUCCGCUUCAUGGAGGAUUAUGGCACGCACUACACCACAAGCGCGGGGACCGGCGGAGAGUACGAACUCGUCUACGUCAUGAACUCAGAAACGGUCAAGAAAAAACAGAUCACAGAGAAGGUCCUGUCAGACUGUCUGAAGGUUACAGUGCUCCUUCGGCUUUCUAAUAGACGUGAACAAAUAGACAUCAAACCAGACAUCUGCAAAAUUGUGACAAAAAAACAAGAAGACAAAGUUCAGGAUAAAGAAACACGCCUGAUUGAAGAUGUUAUAACCUCUGUGAGGGGGGGCACACCUGAGACAGUUGAGGCAAUAAAAAGUAAGAUUUCAAAGGAUGGGGUGCUGGAUCUUUCCCACUAUGUUGAAUGGGCAAAGAGCCUUGGUGUCAAACCAACAACUAUAUACAACAAGCCGGAGCCUAUCUAUACCCUCAUUCCUGUGGAUAUGGACGGAGCUCAGGAGCGCAGGACAAACCUGCGACGGGCUCUGGAUGACUACGUGGCAGAGUACAGUGUGUGUAAGUGCCAGCCUUGUCAGAAUGGUGGCACCGUCUCCCUAGUCGACGGCAAGUGUGUGUGUCUCUGUCCAAAGGAGUUUGAUGGCAUAGCCUGCCAGAAUUUACGCGCUGACCUGAUCAAAGCUAUAAAUGGAACUGUCUCUCAGAUGGGGAACUGGGCUUGUUGGUCUGGCUGGUCGUCAUGCAGUGCAGGCAAACGCACACGCACACGAACCUGCAACACAGAGGGGCUCGUGGGUGCAUCUUGCAAGGGAGACACACGAAGCGAAGACUACUGCUGAAACACACAGAACAUACACAAAUCCUUUACUGACAUGCUAACGCACAAGCAGUACAUUAAAAGCUGGUACACACAUCUUCAUGUGUGUCCAUCACUGUUUUCAUUCAUGUGUUUUACAACCGUGUGCAUGUGCAUCUUUUUAGAGCCAAUGUGUGCCAAGCAUAUCAGAAUUCAUGAUCAAACCCUCUUGGUUCAUGACAUUGUAUUAACCAUGAUUACCAAAGCAAAAAACUGGUCUUGGAUCAGCAGUCUUCUUCUGAGAAAUGUAGCACAUGUUUGACCUCUGGACUUCAGUGCGGUGUUCUUGAUAGGGUGAUUUAACUCAAAUGCUUAGCUGUCAGUCCAUGCAUUGCACAUUUCUGAAGAUAUGCUAAGAUAUAUAUCUCUAUAUAUACUGUAUAAGUCUUUAACUCUCGCGAAUAACAUUUCAAUACAAUG